AGAUCAAUCUCUUGCGUUAUUCGUAGCACCUCUCCAUCCGGUUCAUUUAAGCUUGAGGUACGUCUUUGCAGUGUUUAUUGGGUAUUUCCAAAAUAUUGGCUCCCUCAACUUUCUUUAUCUUAGACAGCGGAAAUGGAUCUUUUCGGUUGACAAAUCCCUUCAAAUUAGGUAUUUAACGUGCCCAGAACUACCGACAUCAUAGGCACUUUUACUCGCUUACACACACUCAUAGCUUAGCAAAUGUCGUUCAUAUUCGAUUUAAUAUUCUAUCAGUCAAGUAUGAGCCUCUCCGCAAAGCUAACUUUUAAUGUAAAUUUCUAUUUCAAACGAAGAACGUAAGAUUCCAUCUUUAUUUGCUUCUGUGUAUAUGCAGGUUUGCUUAACUCGUCAACACAAAGUAUCGUUUCAAUAAUUAUGAUGAUCAGUUGGCUGUGUUUGAAAAGUUAGCUCUGAAAUGUUCCUCAAUCAAGUUGGAAGCGGUCGGUGGUAAAUAAACCGAAUGCAGUGAUAAAGAUAAGAUGCUCCAUAUUUUUCUUCCAUCAUAUCUUUUUAUUUUAAGGACGGUUAUACAACAUGACUUGCGAAAUUGACAAAAGUUUUAUUGUCGCACUAUUCGCAUUAGAAUUCUGACCUCUCAACGAAUUUUUUAGAAGUUUAUAAAAAUUUAUUGAACCUAAGCAAUCAAGCACAUCAGUCUACAACGGAGGAAGGUAAUUUAUGGUCCAACUGUCGCCAAAAGGCUUCUUUCCAUUGCUUAGGAUUAGGGUCGAGAACGAAAAACCACGUCGGUGACAUAAACGAGAACGAAGAGGACGUUUUCAAAAGGUUGGAACAUAAAAAUUGCUACAACUUGAGUUCGUACGUUUUCUGGCAUUGUUUUAGAACAACCCAAAUUUUCCCAUGUUAUGCCGAAGGAGAGACCUGGCAACGCCAAAGUAAAAAUAUUCUAUUUCAACUUUUAAUGGCGAAACAAUACUCUUUUAUUCUCAUUUUCUCAGGCAUUCGCCAUAAUGUCCUCUUAAACUCCCAAAUUACUGUUAGUACACCUUCAUCCAGUCUCAUCAUAAGAGAGAGGCACGCUGUUUUAGACCAUUUUACUCUUAAAAGUGAUCACAAGUUGAAUUCUCCUUCAAAACUCAAUGCCAUGACUGUCUAAAAUGCUCACACAUUUGAAUAUUCGGUACAUAAAGUGAUGAACACAGAUCGUUGCACAAGUCUUCCCAACUCUAGCUUUUUUUUCUAAAGGAACAAGAACUAAUCGUAAACGAAGAGAAAGAAAUUCAUCUAUUGCAUUUUGCCUCAAUCAUCCAUAAACAAUGCCUAAACAGAAUAAUAAUUUGCUCUGCCCUCAAGCGUCGCCAACAAGAUUAUUUCCAUUGAUUUAGUGAACCAACGAAGAAUAUUAACAGACACUUAAUAUUCAUCAAGCUUUAAAAAAACAAAACAUCACACAACAUGUCUUUGUCUCCUUUGCAGAGCUUUUGGUUCAGAAUUUUAAAUACGGUGCUGCAAAGGUUUAAACUUUUAUGAGACGUUGGGAAAUUGGAAUUGCACAAUUCCAGAAAAUCGUUCAAGUAACUUAAGAUGAAGAAGACCGGACUCUUUCUACAUUACCAGAAUCGCCUGACCAGAUUGUGGGUCAUUUAUUCCAAUGCAGCAAUUCAUUGUCUCAUUUUUCCUUUCAGACUUUAUCCCGGCUUUUCGAGAUACGUUGGCAAUCAUGCGGACCCUUUGUGUUGUCGUCCUUGCAUCUAUGAUUUUCGUGGUGGCGUCACGUGUUCGUUAUCCUAAACUACCGGAGUCACUGCGGAAAGGUAUAAGGAGUGAAACCAUUGCUAGCUCUCUUGAUCCAUGAGAUCUGAUUUUUAAUUACCCCCGCCUGGCUACUGCAAAUUUCUUCUUAAAUAAUUUUAUCAUAUUAACUGCAGUAUUUUGCAAGGAUUUCCAGCUCUGAAAAAUGCUGCAACUGCACAUGUGUAAAAUCACGAUAAUUUUUCGCGUGUUUGAUAUCGCCAAUCAGCUGCUGACACGUCACUCGCCUUCCGCGCCAAUCAGAUAGGUUGAUGAAUGUCCACCAUUCUUCAUCCGAGGUCCUUUAUCGAAAUUUUCAUGUCCGUUAAGGCAGGCCCUUGGUAUACAUAUGAUAAACAAAAUAACACAUGUUUGCUUGUAAAUAUGGAAUUCUUUCAUCUUGUGUUCAACUCGAUAUCUCACUCAUUUGCUAAGCUCACUCGUGAGACGUCGAGUUAAACACAUGAAGACAAAUUCCAUAUUGACAUGCGCCUAUAUUUUAUUCUCAAAGUAUAAAAAGUGUCGCAAUGUCUUCAUCCUGGUUUUAAGUGCUUUUGUGGAUAUCACCUUUUUAAUGGAGAAAAGAUAGAAAUCGUGAAGAUAAUUUUUCUAAAUGUAUCUCUUCCCUUACUUUAUAUUUACAGAACAGAUGACCAAUUAUAAAAUAAGAAUGGAAGGGAGUGAGGCAAGGAAUUUUCUUUUGAAGAGAGAACCUGGAUGUCGUGAUGCAUGUUGGCAAAACUGCGAAGCUGAAAACGAAAGAGAAGGGUUCCGAUCAAGCUGUAGCCAUUGCUGUAAUUAGCAUGAACCCCGACUCUGGAUCUAAUGAAGCUGUGCGUGACUAUGUUGCGUUACUCUAUUGUGCGAGUUUUUGCGGGAUCUGGCUUUAGCGCUGGGACCCGGCGGAUGACCACGUUAAUUUUUCGCUCAGCUUGGAAGAAUCGUUUAGAAUUUGCACGAUUUUUAUAGUUUAAUUAGUACUAUUCAUGGCUUCAUGGAUGUUGAUACAAUUUUUAAGGUGUGUAAGGGGACUGUUAAGGUAUAAGGUCACAGAUGUAAGUUUUAGUUCCAUUGCAAUUUGUUUUCUGCAUUUCUGCUUAAAUAAAUCUUCACUCCACCAG